UAUAUAUUGAUAUAUAAUGUAGGAAGCAGAAUAUUAAUAACAGAAACAAACAACCCUUUUGUGUGAAUGAGUGUAAAUGGGGGAGGGAGGUUUUUUGGCUUGGUGCACUAAUUGUAAGUGUAUCUUGUGUUUUUUAUGUUGAUUUAAUAAAAAAUAAAAGGAAAUAAACGAUACCGAUAAUACAAAAACCGAUACCGAUAAUUUCCGAUAUUACAUUUUUAAAGCAUUUAUCGGCCAAGCCAAUAUUGUCGGACAUCUCUAAUUUCAACUCAUCCAGAACAUUCACUUUUUUUUUGUUUAGCAUUUUCCCACAUUUCCAAUGAAAUCCCCCAUUGAAAUGAAUGGGACAUUUUUCGAAGUUCCAAACCAAAUUCCGCUUUUCCUGGAAAUUCAAACUAUUCGGCAUUCAAACCAUUCUUAGUACAUUCGUACUACAUUCUGUCAGCAUUUCACUUCAACUUCAGCAUUGGAGCGUUCACACGCAAAUGAUGUCAGGAAUUACCGUUACGCGUCUCUCGCUGGGUGGAAUGAAAAGGAAAUCAUUUUUGACAAGUGGCGGGAAGUCAAUGUCACGUGACCAGGACUUCCGGCACUGCUACAUAGCUAGCCGACAGCUAGCUAGCUGCUUCUAAGCAGUUUGUUAGUAAAUAGAGAAGUUAAAAGCGCUGUAAAUAGUAAAUCAUGUAGAUUUUCUGGUAUGUGAACACCACUGCUCAUUUAAAAACAAACAUGGUCCCGGUCGGUUUUGUUUACAACACGCUUUUUUUGUAAAAAAAAAAAAAAAAAAUUGGAAUGUUUUUUUAAUUUUAUAAACCUUUAUUUAUAAAUUCCAACAUUUACAAAGAGUUGAGGAAUAAUAAUCAAAGUAAGUAACGACACGCUUUUGUCCGACGACGUGACUGAGGCGUGACGUCACUCCGUGGGGGGGCUUCAGACGGUGUCGGAGCGUGUCAGGAUCCUGCGUGUCUGCAUUGUCACGAGCGCCAUGGGCAGGAUAGUGCUCGUGCUCGUGUUCGUGUUGCUGGGCGUGUGCGUGGCCAACAAAUGGAGGAAGAAUUUUAGGUGUCCUCCGGGAUGCUCCUGCACCAAAGAGAGCAUCAUGUGCGUGGGCAGUGGCGGCUCGCACGUGCCGAGGACCAUCCCCAGUGACGUCACCUCACUGAGCAUCGUGAACGGCUCCAUGGCAGACAUCCCAGAGGGGAUGUUUUCUCUCAUGCCUUCCCUGCACCUCCUGCUUUUAAAUGCAAAUUCUUUGACGACGAUUAAAGACAACGCAUUCCAUGGCCUCCCACAUCUGGAAUAUUUGUUCAUUGAAGGCAACAAGAUUGAAAGCGUGGCCAAAAAUGCCUUCCGAGGUCUCCGAGAUGUAACUCACCUGUCCCUCGCCAAUAACAAGAUAAGGUUUCUGCCCAGAGAUCUAUUUUUUGACUUGAAUUCCUUGUUGGAACUAGACCUGCGGGGCAACCUUUUCCAGUGCAGCUGUGAGAACAAGUGGCUGAUGACGUGGCUAAGGAACACCAACGCCACAGUGUCAGAAGUGUACUGCGCCGGCCCCGCUGACAUGAAGGGCGAGCGACUCAACCAUUUCCCUAUCGCACCAGGCCAGUGCAUGUCUACAGACUUUGUGCAUCACCAGUCUAUUCCCAUCCAGUCUAUGUCUGCGGACAUCUUCUCCUUUCAAGAAGACAUCUACGUAGCCAUGGCUGCGCCCAACUCCAACAGCUGCAUUGUCAUGGAAUGGGAUCACAUCGAAAUGAAUUUCAGAAAAUUUGACAACAUAACAGCCAUAGGAACCAAAAGUAAAUCUGUGGUCGGGUGCACAUCGGUUCUGGUGGACGACCACAUCCUGAUCAUCGUCACGCAGCUCUUUGGAGGCUCUCAUGUCUACAAGUUUGACGAUCAACAGAACCAGUUCACCAAGUUCCAGUCCAUGGAGGUCUUCAACAUCUCCAAGCCAAACGACAUCGAAGUGUUCCGCGUGGACGGCGAGUGGUACUUUGUGAUAGUGGACAGCUCCAAAGCGGGCCUGUCUACACUUUACAAGUGGACCGACCAACCGGACCGCAACCAAACAGGCUUCUACACCUACCAGUUCCUCCACGAAUGGUACCGCGAUACGGAUGCAGAGUUUGUGGAAGUGGACGGGAAGUCCUACCUGAUUUUAGCCAGCCGCUCUCAGCCACCUGUCAUCUACCUGUGGAACAAGAGCACGCUCAAGUUCAUGCUCCACGGUGAUAUCCCCAUCAUUGAAGACGUGGUGGCCGUCAAAGCCUUCCGUCUAGAAGGUGACUUGUACCUGGCCAUGACCUGCUACAUCAGCGACUCCAAAGUCCUGAAAUGGAGCAGUAAGCAGUUCACAGAGGUGCAGGCUCUACCCUCUCGAGGGGCGAUGGUCCUCCAGCCCUUCUCCUUCGGGGACAAACACUACCUGGCUCUUGGCAGCGACUACUCCUUCACUCAAAUCUACCUCUGGGACUCCCAGACCAAAACCUACCACAAGUUCAAGGAUAUCUACGUACAGUCUCCACGCUCUUUUACGGCCGUCACCACCGACCGCAGGAAUUUCAUCUUCUCUUCCAGCUUUAAGGGCAAGUCCAUGGUGUUUGAACAUGUUAUAGUAGAUUUAAGUUUAUAAGGCUAGGGGCGUUGCAAUGAAAUUCUCUGUUAGCUUCUUUAUGCAACUAAACCAGACCUGGGCAAAUUAGGGGCCGGGGGCCACAUGCGGCCCGUUAAGCUUUUCAAUCUGGCCCGCCGGACAUUCCCAAAUAUUUGUUUUUUAGAUGUUUAAGAUAGAAACUGUAGCUGCCAUUAUGAUGUACAGUGAUGUUUUCUAAUGACCGUAAGUCUUUAACUAUACAAAGUAUUUCAAUGGUUGGAAUCUGCGCUUUUGCAUGAUAUACCAGUUACUAUGGUCAUUGAUGGAAGCAGAUCAGAAUCAUAUCCAUAUUUAAGUGUUACUUCUUUCUAAAACUCCUAUAGUCAUAUUUACAUCAGCUAAUGUCUCGUGUGGUACAAAGUGCUUGGAUUCGAGUGUCCUUGAGUAGACAGGCAGAGCGCUGUUGAGACUGCCAUAACAUUCCUUAGAUAAGGAGCACAGGGCAGUGCUGAGCUUGGGGGGACAGGAGGUGGAGGGGAGACCGAUCUGGACCGGGCUAGGGAACGCUUGGGUGCUGGGUUGGUCUCAGGUUUGUCCUCUAAGCUUUGAGAAUAAACUACAAAAUACCAACUAUUGCCUGGAGAUUGAAUAUAAACAUCAGUGUAUUGCCAUAAAAAGAAUCUGGGAGAGACUAGCAAUUUGAAUUCCCCAUUGGAGGAAUGCUGGUCAACGCAACAUCAUCUAAUUAGUUACUAUAGUAAUCUAAUUAGUUACUAUGGUCAUCUAAUUAGUUACUAUGGUCAUCGACGUCACAGCAGCUCAGACGAGGCCCCAAGCAGUGUGGGUGGGAAGCGUUUCCACAGACGCGGAAGGAGAUUUUCACGACAAAGUUCUAAAGCUUAGGGAUAUAUCAGAUUGUAGGUUGGUUUAUUUUGUACCCUUCGCGUUCAUAUUUCACUGUUUGUUGCAUUUUUUGUUGCGUUUCACUUGGUUGUAAAAUAUGUCGACUGAAAGGGGGUGUGACAUUCAUAUUUUGUCAAUAGUCAGUGUUUUAUCGUUCAUAGAAAAAUGUAAAAUUCCAUUACGUUUUUUAAGGCGGUCUGUCAUGACGUUUUUAGCAUUCAAUCGGACAUUAUCGUGAGGUUUUGUAUUAGUGUUCCUAAAAAUAGACACAUUUUUUUCUCUAAAUGUGGCCCCCCGAGUCAAAAUAAUUGCCCAGGCCUGAACUAAACGAUAGGAGAUGAAAUCAACCAUUGCAGUGGAACUUCUAGUAGCUUCUGGUGAGCUGGCCGGCUCCUUGCAUGGUCGUCUCCAACAUCAACGUAUACACGUCCAUGCAAUAAAGGAUAGAUGUGCUUGUUGUACAGCAAUAUCUGAUAGAUGUCUGCUUUCAAUGCAUCCUGCAAAAGCAAUUAAGGAGGGCGGUUGGUGUUGUUUGCUGCUAUCGACUCCUCCCAUGACAGCAUGACUGUUGGUAACGUGCACAUUUAUUGACCUAUGCAAAAUGCAGACGACCACAAGUCUGUGCUGCUAUUGGAAUGCAAAUUGCAUCUUUUUUGGGAUUACAGAUAAUUUGGUGCGUGUUAGACACCAACAUUUUCACUUGAAAGUUGUGGCAAUUGUUGUCUUUAAUUAUAUGUAUCUUUGAAAUGUAUAAUCAAUGUUAAAAAUGUGUAUUUAUUUCUCAUAGUUGUAAACUAAACUAGUUAGAUUGUCUGUGUAUUCAUGAAAUCUAUAAAUUAAAUGUGCCUUUGUGUGUUU